GGUGAACCAGUUUCAGAAAGUUAAACAAGAAUAUCUUGACCUCCUAGAAAAUGAGAAUAUUUUUUGGAGGCGGCGAGCUAAGGAGUUUUGGCUUCAGGAGGGCGAUCGUAACACUCGAUACUUUCACAACUCGGUGAAAGCUAGGAGACGCAGGAAUAAAAUGGAGGGCUUGAGGGUGGAGGACGGCCGCUGGGAAACAGACAGAGCAGAGGUGGCAAAGCAAAUUGGGGAUUAUUUCAACAACUUAUUUACGGCAGGUAACAGCGGGGCGGAUGUUGUGUACGAUUGUGUGCAACGCCGUAUAUCUGAGUCACACAACCUGGUUCUGCUAGGCCCUGUUCGUAGUGAGGAAGUUAAAGAGGCUGCUUUUGACAUGUUCCCGGAUAAAUCUCCUGGACUGGAUGGAUUCGGUCCGGGCUUCUAUCAGCACUUCUGGGAUGUGAUCGGGCAAGACAUUGUGGACUUUUGCAGGAAGAAUUUUGAGUCAGAUGAUAGCUUGCUAUUUUUUAGAGCAUCUCAUGACGAAGCUUCACUGAUAAAGGAAACUUUGGCUGAUUAUGAAAAGGCUUCGGGGCAGGU